GAUAGUGGUAUAGACUUGUCAUUUGUCAAAUUUUAUCUUGUUAAUGCCAUCAACAAAAUAUAUAUUUAAUCGAAACAGUGACUUCUGAUUGAAAACAAUUAAUAUUUGUAAUAUCUAUCGAAAGUCAAUAGAAGUUUUUGUUCAGGUGUAAGUUUAUUGAGUGAUUUUAUUAUGUGAAUACUUUCUCUUUAUUAUUACUAUUGCGACAUCCAAAAUGAGUCAAUUUGCUGCGAACAAUAUUCUUUAUGCAGUGCCUACAAAUACUUCCAAUGGGACUGACGAAGGAUGUAUGCUACUAAAUCCGUCUCAGAGUGUUAUCAUUACUGGUGCAUACAACGGUAUUCCGCAAACCUUGAUUUUAAAUUUAAUAUCAUGGGUAUGUUUGAUUCUUUUGUUUACCGUAUUACGUCGAACAGCUUGGAAUUAUGGACGGAUGGCUCUGGUCCAACGGUCAAAGAGCAGAUGGACAAACUUAUUUUACCGCGGCAGUGAUAAUGAUACAUUAGUAGAGAGAAGACGGAGUACAGAUGAGUCAAUGAACAUAGAUGAAGGGUUUUUCACGUGGUUGCCUGCUGUGUUUCGUCUUACGCGCGAACAAGUGCUCGCUAAAUGUGGCCCUGAUGCUGUACAUUACCUGUCAUUUCAAAGACAUGCCAUAACACUCAUGUUCAUUGUUACUAUAGUAUCUAUUGGUAUUAUACUGCCAAUAAAUUUCCAAGGCACUAAUUUACAAGUUGAUGCUAGCACAUUUGGCCGCACUACUUUGUCUAAUCUAAAUGGCAGAUCAUACUGGCUGUGGGUCCAUACACUGAUCAGUAUCAUGUUUCUGCCUGUGUCAGUGUUAAUUAUGAGGAGAUGCACAGGCCGCAAACCCAUACCAAACUCCAUGACAGGAACUAUAAUGAUAACAAACAUUUCCAGAGCCGACAGAAAUGAGGCUACAAUCAGGGCAUAUUUUACCCACAAUUUUCCUCACAUACAAAUUGUUGACUUACGACUAGCUUUCAAUAUAAACAAGUUGAAUGAAGUACAAGAGAAGAAAGAAAUGGUCACGGAAGCUCUUAUAUAUACCGAUACAUAUUACAGGAAAACUGGAAAAAGAAUUACUGUGAAACCAACACUUUGUGGACCGGAAGUUGAUGCUCUAGAAUUCUACACUCAAGAAGAAAAACGUCUCAAAGAUGAAGCGAAGAGAUGUCGUGCUUUGGUCCUCAAUGAUCCUCUCGGUAUAGCCUUUCUAACUCUUCCUUCAUACCAACUCGCUGAACAUGUCAUCAAUCAUUUCAGUUUGCAUAGAGGUUGGGUUCUGCAACACGCCACCAACCCAUCAGAUAUUAUAUGGGAGAAUUUAAGUGUCCAGCCUGGGGUCUGGUAUGUAAAGGCCAUAGUGGUUAAUGUCUGUCUGUUUAUUGUUUUGUUCUUCCUUACAACACCAGCUUUCGUUGUCAAUCUCUUCAACACUCUGGUAGCUAAACCCGAGACUCUUAGUAAAAUAAGUAGUUUGAUAUUUGAAUUCCUACCUACGCUACUGCUUUGGACCAUGGCGGCUGUAAUGCCUGCCAUUGUCGCCUUCUCUGAUAAAUUUCUUUCCCACUGGACAAAGUCUCAGCAAAACUAUUCUAUUAUGGCAAAAACUGCGUCAUAUUUAUUAUUAAUGACCUUAAUUCUACCCUCGUUGGGACUAGCCAGUGCCGAGGCUUUCCUUGCAUGGACUUUACACCACGAAAACGACACGUUGCGUUGGGAUUGCGUAUUUUUACCAGACAAGGGCGCCUUCUUCGUCAAUUACGUCAUCACCUCGGGCUUCAUCGGUACAGCGCUCGAACUUAUACGAUUUCCGGAAUUAUUCUUAUACGUCUGGUAUCUUUUACAAUCUAAAUCUAAAGCAGAAAAAAGUUACGUAAAGAAGGCCAUCUUAUAUGAGUUUCCUUUCGGAGUCCACUACGCAUGGAGUCUUGCUAUAUUUUCUAUAACAAUGGUGUACAGUCUCGCAUGUCCAUUGAUCGCACCGUUUGGUCUCAUCUACUUCGUUCUGAAACACAUAGGUGACAAACAUAAUCUGUACUUCGCGUACGGUCCGUGUGAUAUGAGCGGGGUCGGCGGCGGUAGAAUCCACGCAACGGCCGUCAGGUUGAUCAGAAUAUCUGUGUUGCUAUUGUUGAUAAACAUGGCGGCCUGGGCGGGCCUGCGGGCCGGUUUCGAGGCUCGGACUAUUAUUUUGAUAAUGGCAUCCGUAGUCGCGUUUGGAACAUUCCUGCUGUUGAGUCCUUUCCCCAGCUGUACGCCGCCAGCGCCUCUACAGUCGGAAACGACGUUGCGCUUCCCCGAGUACGUGGCCCCGGUCCUCACUAAGCCCAUAGACACUCCGCCCACAUCCGCCUCCUCCACGCCGGACUACGGCGCCUCCUCGCCGGUAGUCAACCUUUCUUACAAUCCAGAACCUAUUAACAUUUAAACUUAAUUCUUAGCUCUAACUCGCUACGAAGUCAUAUCACGAGAUGGAGAUAUCUUCCGGAUAUCCAACGUGUGUUUUUAUUAUACGGAAAGAGUUUUAUGGUAAUGUAAAUAAAUAACACAAUACUACUCUGAUAUAAUAAACAUAUAGUUUUUAGAAUGUGCACUCUAAAAUAGCAACUCUACUUAACUAUAGUAAUUUUUUUUUAUGGUGAUAACAUUUUAUAAUAGUAUAAUUAUUUUUACACGAUCGUUUUAUAUAACUCAGCUAUAGCUUUUAUAUAUGUUUUGUAUUAAAAAUUCUGUAUUAUCAGUGCGAAAUGUUCAACUUAUAUGAAUUUUUAAAAACAUCUCUUAUUAUUAUUCUUAACAUAUUGAAUAAUAAAUCGCACUAUACCCUGGUUUCAGCCGAAAACCAAUUCAUUCUUAUUAUGCAGAGUCUCUUAGGGAUUAAAACUAAUUCUAUUAAUACUACCCUCAUUUACUAAUAUUCACGUUACAACAAGAGUGAAAGAAUGUCACGUCGAAACCGUAGAAGUACAAGUUGGUAGUUCGUUACUAGAUACGACUAUCACCAAUGUUGUCGAUGAAAUAGCUUGAAUUUAGUUUAAAGUCAUUAUUCAAAUUAGAAUAACAUUCCCUGGCAUAAUAUUUUUGUAAUAAACAUUUUAUAUAUAAUAGUAUAAUAUUUAGAUAUAAAAUGGCUGUCUGUAUUGUACGCUUAAUUACGUUUUAUUUAAUCAAAUAUGUAUUGUUUUUUAAUGUAUAUAGCUUGCAUAAUAAUGUAAAAUGAUUGUUACAUUUGUCGGAAUAUUGUUAAUAUAUUUCUAUUUUAAAUACACGUGACUUAUCAUU